AUGGUACAAGUAUUGACAUAACUUCGUUAAAUAAGAAGAAGUUAAAGAUUUUCUUUUUUCAAAAACAAUUGAGACAGCCGAAAAAUUAAAAAACUGUUAAAAAUUUCUUUUUAAAAUAUUUUCACAAGUCUUUUUUCUGAUACUACAACUUGAACCACUCUCCUUGCAGGGAACCGCCUCAGACAUCGUGAUCAGAGCUGAAGAAAUCGUCAGGUUGAAGAAAAGAACCACGGAAAUUUAUGUCCAUCACACUGGCCAAUCUUAUGAGGUUUCAAAUAAGAAAUUCUGAGAGUUUUAAUGAAUAUUCAGGCUGUGGAAAAAGCACUCGACCGUGAUCGGUUCAUGAGCGCCUGGGAAGCGAAAGAAUUCGGGCUCGUCGACAAAGUCGAAGAACAUUCCGGGUCGAUGCCAACGAAGUAA